AUGCGCUUUUCAUCAAAGAAGGAGAAGAAGAAGACAAACGAUAACAACAACAAAGAUAUAAAUGACGACGUAAACGACAGAGCAGUAAACGAAGAAAACGUGCCGUUAUUGCUCAAACCAAUCAUGAAGAAUAAGAAUCGCGCGCACACGUGGACGUUUUUUGCGAUUUUAUUUCUCGUCGCCCCGUUGGUGGCGUUGAGUCGAGUCGGGCACCCUUGGCUCUUAUUGCGAGUGUAUAAGAUGCACUUGAAAAACAUGGAGAUUUUAAAAGAAGCCGCGCUCUCGUGGUGCUCCAUGCCUGGGUGCUACUCCAAUCCGGAGAACUUUGACGAGGAGAUGAUUGCAACAACGAAGAACGAGAAAAAGGAGGAAGGUCAACUGUUGCCGAGCUUCGUGCACGUGCCGAAAGCGGGCGGGACGCUGGUAGAGAGCGCGGUGGGAAGCGUAGGCGGGAGAAUAGGCGCGUGUAACGAGAAGAGACCGUACGAAAUUGCGCCGGGAUGGGAUAAAGAAGUCGCGCCGUGGCACGCUCAACCGAAGAAGUUAGUGCAAGAUAGUUUUGCUAUUUGUAGGAAUCCGUUCGAUAGGUUUCAGUCGCAGUUUUUAUACGACCCUCGUUGGGCGAAAGUCUCCAAUCGGGCGGAGUUCCCGCACAAUCAGAAAAAGACGUGCGAAGCGUUCGGUAAAUGGGCCACGGAUAAGAUGGAGAAUUGGGCAAACGUGGACGAUAGAUUGCAGUGUUAUAAGAGGACGAAAUUUGAUUCGAAAGGUAUAGAUGCGUGCGAUGAAACGUUUACGGAUGACGACGACGAGAGCGAAUUUUUCGCCGGCGAGGAGGCCAAGGACGAAGAACCAGUCACGUCGCAGAAUUCGCACGAUUAUCCACAAGUAGUCUUAGCGAACAAAGUAGAAAAGUUGUUCAGUUUCGAGAAGUGUUUUGGCAACGCGAAAGGUUUUUGCCCGGAUCCUCGCGUGGAAGGUUUGGAGAAGCAAAAGUAUUUAGAGGAAACGGAGGAGUUUCCGUCGGAGUCCAGAAAGGGAUCGUUUUCCACGUCUUUUUUCCGUCGAAACUUUGGCGAAUUAGUAAACGAGAACAAGAAGAUGCAACCCAACUUGAUUUCGUUUUUGCAGAAGCGGUUUUCGGAUAAAAUCGAAUUGCCCGACGUGAGCGAAGAAAACGAUAUCGCUUCGGCUGAAGUUCGAAAGUGUUGGAGAAACAACCCGGACUUGCCGGCGAAGACAAUCGCGGAUUUUCUGGACACGUACGAGGCAGAUUUUAGAGUGUUGGGAUACCCGAUUGAUAUUCCUGAGGUUGUCGACAAGGAAGGCGAAGCGUCUCUCGGGUCCGAGGAGUCUCUCCAAGAUGAUAACGAGUGGCAAGCGAGUGCCAUCAAAGCGGAAUAUUAUCCCAAAUGCCCGCCUCCGGACGAAGAGGACGAAGAGAACGAGAAAGACGCGGCGAUGGGUAAAAGCGAGCAGGACAGUUCCGCAAUUCUCUUUGGCAAUGCUCUGAGACAUCGGUACUCGAGUAAAGGAUCGUCCGAAUCGAAUUAA